AUGCAUCUAAAGGAAGAAAACUUAAGGAAUCAGUCUUCUCUCACAUACUUUCUUCUCUUGGGAUAUUCAGAGGUCCAUCAGCUUCAGCUUUUAUUCUUCAUUAUCUUCCUUGUUUACUACCUGGUAGCAGUUGGAGCAAAUCUUCUCAUCAUCUCUGCGGUAGCUACUGACCACCACUUACAUAAUCCCAUGCACUUCUUUCUGAUGAACUUGGCCAUACAGGAUGUGGGACAAAUUUUAGUCAUUGUCCCCAAAUCCAUGGUAGAUUCCCUCAUGGAGAUUAGACACAUUUCGUAUUUUGGAUGUGUUACUCAAAUGUUUUUUUUUAUCUUUUUUAUGGGCUCUGAUUUCCUUCUCCUCACAGUAAUGGCAUAUGAUCGGUAUGUUGCAAUUUGCAAUCCAUUACAAUAUGAAAUGUUGAUGAGCAAGCAAGCCUGCCUUCAAAUGAUUGCUACUGUCUGGGUCAGUGGCUUUCUUUAUGGAGCAAUGCAUACUGGCGGUACUUUUGCAGCCCCCUUUUGCUCUAACAAAGUCAAUCAAUUUUUCUGUGAACUCCCACAGUUAUUGAAGCUGGCUUGCUCUGACUUUUACUUAGUUGAAGCUGGAUUUAUUUUGUUCAGUGUUGUGCUUGCAGGAGGGUGUUUUAUUUUCAUCCUCGUGACUUAUGUGCAUAUCUUUACUGCAGUGCUGAAAAUUCCUUCCGUGCAAGGAAGGAAGAAAGCCUUCUCAACGUGUCUUCCCCACCUUACUGUAGUCUUUAUAUUUGUCUUUACAGGAUGUUCUGCUCAGAUCAAGCCCCCCUCCAAAUCGCCAUCAUAUUUUGAUUUGGCACUAACUAUAUUAUAUUCCAUGACGCCUCCUUUAAUCAACCCAAUAAUCUACAGCUUAAGAAACAAGGAAAUAAAAAAUGCUAUAUCCAACAUUUUAGGUUUAAGAUACUCUUCUCACUAG